UCAAACUUUCAUUGAAAUGAGGUGCCACAAAAUACAUCUCUGUACAUUGUCCGCCAUGACACAAAGCAAACAGUUGUGGAGUUACUGGAAAAACGCAAAAAGAUUGCGAAUUGUUGGAGAAAAUAAAAUAUUUUUCAAAUAAUAUUUUUCCUUAUAAAAAUGUGUCAAAAAUUUUAACAAAUAUUAAAAAUUAAUGCUGUGAACUUAAACUGAUUGAAAGCAAGUACUUGCGUGCAACAGUAUGCAGUGAAAGUAAUAGAAAAUGGAGUUAAGUUUCCAAGUUACGACGUCGAUGAAAAUUUUGCAAAUGGAAAAAAUGGGCAGUUUUGGUGGUGGUGUGUGUAAAUUGGAGUAAUUUAUGCGAUUUGUACACAUUUUAACUAAAAUUAAAUAAGAACUGAUAAUAAAAACUCGUACGAAAUAGUUAUUCCCUAUAAGCAAAUGAGCGAUUGUAUUUAAUAAAUUUUUCAACCGGCUGGACAACAACGCACAUAAAUUUUCUCGAGUGAACUCAAGUGUGAAUUGAAAAGGUUAAAUAGGAGAAGGGGCGAAAGGGUCGGAUGAAAGAUGGUCGUAUCCAAAGACUCUAAGCGGAAACGCAAAGAGUCACCGCCACCUCAACCGACGACGGUGGAGUCGUCACCAGAAAUACCUAAACGAACAAAAGUUCAAGCUCAACGAAAGUUUGCACAAGGUCAGAAUGCACCAACAUCAUCAUACAGCUCCGUAAUAGCAGCCUCCUCGUCUUCAAAUACAGGACCAAGUACGUCUUCAGAGAGUCGCGAACCACCAACGGAAAUUUUACCAAACAAGCGUCCAAAAACCGAAGAUUUUCUAACAUUUUUAUGUUUUCGUGGUACACCUGCAUUACCGGCGCACUUAGACUUUUUAAAUCAAGGGAAAGCGAAAGAACCAGAAGAUACGGUAAAGAAAUCACCUCCUAAACCGGUUAAGGGUGGCAAAAAAGGAAAGAAAGGGCGACCAAAAGGCAGCACCACAAAGAAAGAAGAACCAAAAGCAUCAACAUCUAAACAAGCAAUAAGCCAAGCUGCAACAAAAGUUACUGAAACCAAAGUAGAAGCAUCAGAUACAAAACCUCCUAUUAAUCCGGAAGAAAAAACCGAGAAUGCGGAAAACAAUAACAUACCGUUCGCAGUUAGAAAGCGUGCUGAAGUAGUUCCUGGUGGCAACCGUCGAAGUCGCCCACCAACUGACCAGCCCAGCCAAACAUCUGAGGCUGAUAAGUGCAAUAAUUCACCGGAAACAAAAAGACGUUCUAUUCGGGGUGGUGCAAAAGAAACUCAGCAAAGUGUUGAACAUGAAAGUGAGGAAGAUGAUGAAUUUUAUUCAGCAAAAGAUGAUGCCACUAAAAUUGACGAUUCGGAAAAGGAAUCAAAUUCAGUGCGUAAGGUCGACUCUAAGAAGUCGAAAACCCCAACAAUACAGGAGCGUAAAUCAGAAACACCAUCAAAAGAAAGUGAAACUGGUCGUUCACGCAAAGGUAGGCCUCCAUCAGCAGCAAAAAAAGGCAAGGAUACUCCAGUAGAAGAUGUACAGGUGGAAAUAAAUUCGAAAGACCAUAAUAAAACUACACAAAAAACAGAUGAGAAACCAAAGGCUAAAGAAAAAGCGCCAGUAAAGCGACCCCGACAAAAGGAGUCGCCAAUAUUUAUACCAUCGCCAGAACCUUCGGGCCGUAUGACAAGGCAACGUGCAUUUUUUGAACCAGUAAAAGUGAUACACACAGAAGAUGUGGAGGAAGAGAAAACAGGUGAAGCAGGAAAGAAAACCGAAGAUACAUUUAAUGAUACAACAGAAUGUCAUGAAACGCAAUCUGCUCAAAAAAGUGCUAAGAAAGGAAAAAAAUUUGCUAGCGAAGUAUUAAAUAUUGAAAAUAAAGACAAGUUGAAUGUUUUUGAUUUUUCUUCAGACGACGAACAACCUUUGGCGAAAUCUAUGAAGCUGAAAAAAGGUCCAAAAGGUGGUGCAAAGAAAGCGGUGGGUCGUGCGCCAAAGUUAACUAAGAAAGGGAGUCCAAAAAAAUCCAAUGCGGAGACAAAGCAAGAUCCGCCAUUAGCAGCCGCAGAGGAAGCGCCUGAGAAUAAAAAAGAAGAUCUAAUAAACAGCUUUGCUAAUGGUAAUGAAAAGAAUGAAGUACCAGAAGAUAAGCAGCAAAUUGUUAUUAAGCCUAAAGGCAGAGGCAGGGGUAGAAUUGCCAAAAAGAAAGCGGAGGAAGAGAACGAAGUUGAAAAAGAAGUAGCACCACCGCCAUCACCAAAAAAACAGUCGCCUGUGCGACAAAUAAUUAACAAAAAAACCAAGUCAGAUAAUUCCACUGUAAACGGUGAAGGCGAAAGGGAGGCAAACACAAGUGGGAAUGCAAGGCUUCAACGACCAUCGCGAAAAACAAAAGAGGCAGCUGCCAUUUAUAUGGGAAUAAUCGGCCAUAAACUUCAAUUGGCAGAGGAUGAAGAAGAUGACUUAUCCCUAAGUAGUUUUCCCGAUCGGCCAAAUGUCAAAGAAAUGGAAAAGAUGGAAAAUGAAUUGAAAAGAAAUGCAGCUACCGGUGGCACUACGAAUUCAGCAGUCGCAACAACGAUUAGUCAAAAGGAACCACCAAAACCCGUAGUUGUAGAAUCACCUGCACCUGCUGAGAAGCCACCGACUGGUCGACGUGGUCGACCUCCAAAACAACCCAAGCAAGUACCAGUUAAGCGUGAAAUUGAAGGGAUGUUGGUAAAGAAAGGAGCAAUUCCCAAAAUACCAACAGCGGUGGACAACGUCACACCAAAUACCAAGCAAAAAUCAGAUGCCAGCAAAGCUGAUACCGACGAAGAUGAAGACUUUUUGUUAAACAAAGAAUUGAACGAAACCAAACGGAAGCUUGAGAAAAGUUUUAGUGAUUCCGAUGAUGAGCCGCUUGCUAUUAAAGCUAACAUAAAACCGAAUGAUAAAGAUUCCGAACACUCAGAUUCCAGAAAAUUAGACAGCACGCCUCAGAGCAUUGCGCCACCUAAUCAACUUGUGAUGUUACCUAUUACCACUAAACCGAUAUCCACGCCACCGCUUACUCCAGCUACACCAGUGAGUAAUGCUUCGCCAAUAACAGCGGCAGGAAUGCCACUGAGCUCAACGCCGCAGAUACCCAGUCCAUUUAAAACUAUUGAAAAGAAGUCACCCAUACCAACUUCUAAAAUUUUGAAUGUACCAGCCACGUAUGCAAUACACUCAUCGGUUACACCACCAACGGCAAAUGUGAAUAUGGCAAUGAAUGCCGCUUUUAAUAAGACGCCCAAUUAUUUACCACCAGCCUCUCCACAUUAUCACACACAACAUGUACGCCCACCGGCACACACCUUUCCCACGGCAAAAUCACCAACUGCGCCACCGACAACUGCGGGUACUCCCACAUUGCCACCACAUUUGCAGGCGCCAAUGCCACCGCAAUCUCCAUUGAAGUAUCCAGCCGCUCCAACAACGUAUCCACCACCAAUUGAGGCAUAUCCAUCGCCGAAGAUAAAUCCUAACUUCCUUACACCGAAAUUCGACCGUACCACCUUACCGCGUACAAACAAUUUCCCCUCACCAUCACCGGUGAAAUUCGACUUGACAUCCGUGAAUAAAAGCGGUCUGGGUAAUUCAUCUUUGGCAUCGAAAAUGAGCAUUCCUGGUGCUGGAACUUCGAUGGCUAUGACAGCCGGUACCACUGUAAAUACUUCGGCUAUAGCCGGUGCCACUGCUGCUUCGGCAGAUCCAUUAAAAGAUGAGAUCGGCAGCAUACUUACAGCCAGCCUAAUGCCCAGCAAGGAGGAGUCGGGCAAAGUUUUUGGCAUAGCUAGCGUGAGUCUGGCGCAAAGCUCAGGACCAGACAACACAAAGUGUACGUUGGGAAAGUGCGGUUCUAUACAUAAACCAGUAUUGGGUCCGGUUGUGCCCACAGAAGGUUAUAUUGGUGAUCAGUUGUCGAGUAAAGAGCGACGGAAAGCGAAAGUCAAUAUGACGCAUGAGCAAAUACAAAAGUGGCUGAUUGAAUGCUCAUCAAAUCCGGAUGAAAUACAGGAUGACUUAGACGACGACUUUGACGAUAAUUUGCGACCAAAUCUUUUCGCAACGACACCGCCGCCCACGCGUGACGAUAAGGAGAGCACGUCCUUCAGUUCAUCGUCGAAGGCAACGCGUGAUUUGGGUAAGAGUGAAAGCGCCUGGUCCGCUAAAGGACCGUCGCUAAAGGCAACGCCAGUAAUAGCAACGAGUAGUCGAAAGGACGAUGGCAAACUCAUGGAUACGGUUAAUCCAAUGGAUAUAGCCGUUGAAAAUGAUCGGACUAGUGGUCAUGCAAUUAAUCUUACGCAAAAAUCGAAUGCAAAGACGAGCUCUAAUGCGAACGCAAGAAGUGAGACGCCAACGCCAGCCAAAGCAACACGAGCUGAAAAAUCAGAGAAAAAAACUACAGCAGUUAAAAAAUUGAAAGAAGAGAAGACGAUGCAUGAAGCCAACGUCAAAGACAAUAAGCACAGUAAACAGGAAAAGGAAAAAGACACACCCACAAGCUCUAGUACGAUCUCCAAAUCAACUGCUGCUGCUGCCAAGCAGGCACAGUCUCAGAUGUCAACAGCUGCUCAACAGCCCUCUUCAGACGUUGCAUCAACGCCAAAACAAAAUCGAAAGAAGAAUACUUUAAACUCAGCGGUGCCCCCAACAACAGACGAGAAGAACCCUGCCACUACUACCCCAGUGAAACCUGCACUAAAUACUCUCCCCAUCAGCAGUUCGGCAGCAGCGGCGAAAACACCGAAGCGCACGCCAGUUUACAAUCAGAAAAACCAACAAAAGCAAAUAGAACUUAAAGAAACAACAACAACCAGUCAUAAGAAGUCUGCGCCAUUCUCUUACGGAGCAUUUUCUGCGGAUAAUGAAAAAUCCAUUUAUUCCUUCGAUAAGGAUGACGAUGAAGCGGAGGGCACUAAACUACAGCACACUACGCCGGCAUUUAGACGCCAAAGCGGCCGAGACUCGCAAAAUGAAGAGUCUACACCAAACACGCCCACAAGUAAAGCUUCACCAGGUAAGAAACGUGCAGCGGCAGCAACAACAGCAGCAGCAGCAGCGACGACGUCCAGCACCGCCGAGAAGUCAAAUAAAGAAGCAACUGGUAAAUCGCAAAACAGUUCAGUCUCCUUGACUUUGAGUCCGUCGGAAAAUUGUAAACUCGUUAAAGUGAGUUUAGAUUCUGAAAAGCCAGGCGUGAGUAGUAAAGCCAACGCCUCAAAAGCUACAAAAGCUGGAAAGAAGCAAGAGCUUACAAACAAUGAUGCCGACUCAGACUCCGAGGGUCAUACAUUCUAUAUACCCUUACAAGGUGUUGGCACCGGCGGCGAUGGUGAAGGAGGCAUACAAGGUGUUGCUGUGAAACUGGGACGUGAAGGUCCAGAUGGACCAAAUCAAAAGGUCAUCAUGCACGCCACAUUGGUGACAAAAGCACAAAUGGGCUCCAAUUCGAAACCACUACCGGAAUCCAUGAAUGUGGCGGAUAUUGUGAAAACGCUCAUACCAAGUUCACAAACCAUAACGUCAGCUUUGGCCUCAGGGGCGAAGAGCGCAGCGGAAGACGAUUCGAAAAAAGGCGAUAAAGGCAGUGCGGUACGUCAGAUGAGCAGCUCGGAUGGAGCGACAGCUAAUGCAGAUAAAUCCUCGUCGAGUAGUUUGAAAAAUGUGCCAAUUGGCACUGUUCAGCCUCGCUUCAAAAGCGGUGCGGAUACAUCCAAUCUGCCAUCAACAUCAGCAGCAGCUGCAAAUGCCUCAAGUACGGCCGCUGGUGGACCAUUGGUCCGUGUCAAUUCCAACUCUUCACUGUUCUCAGGCUCAGCAAAAUCUCGAAUGGGCGGGGCAGGUCCCGGCCCUUCAACGCAUGGCGGCGCGAAUAAGAAAUUUAAAGAUGACACACCCAUUAAAAUGUCGAAUAAUACAGCUUUUCCGCGUCACGAUGAUCCCACGCAAAUGGUGGAGGCGCCCAUUUUUCGACCAACCGAAAAGGAAUUUGCCGACCCUAUAGAUUUCAUAGAACGCAUCACACCUAUCGCAGCACGUUUCGGUAUUUGUAAAAUAAUACCACCAGCUACAUUCAAGCCUGAGUGUCGCAUAUCCGAUGAGAUGCGUUUUACGGCCUACAAUCAAUACGUGCACAAGAUGCUCCAUCGCUGGGGUCCAAGUGCUAAGGAGCUAAGUGCAAUUAAAAAAUAUCUCGCUACACAAAGUAUCGUCAUGAACCAUCCACCAUGGAUCGGAGGCAUGGAAGUUGAUCUGCCGCGUCUCUAUCACACUGUGCAGGAGUUGGGUGGUCUAAAGGAGGUGAUUGAGAAAAAGAAAUGGGCUCGUGUGGCUGAAGAGAUGUGCAUUCCGAAGUUGGCGCAAGAUCGUAUGACGAAACUCGACGAUAUAUAUUGCAAGUAUUUAUUGCCCUAUGAUACGCUAUCGCCAGCCGAGCGCCAGAAGUUGUUCGACGAAGUUGAGGCUGAUUGGGCUAAGCGAGAAGCGCGUGCGCGACGGAAUGCUGAUCGUUUUGUGAACACUGAAAGUGUAUCGAAUGAAGAGGAUGAUGUCUCUUCGGAGGAUGAUGAGGAAUCUGAGGAAGAAGUUGAUGGUGUCUCUAUGGAGUGUAUUGUGAAGGGGCGCAGUAUGCCGCUUAGUCAAUUCUAUCGCAUUGCACGCAACACAAUGGCGCUGUGGUUCAAGAACACCGAACCUAUUGUCAACGAGGUAGAGGCUGAGUUUUGGCGUCACGUUGCUGUGCGCGAUAGUCAUGUUUGUGUGCAUUCUGGCUCGAUCGAUUCAUCCGGUUGGGGUUAUGGUUUUCCCAGUCCCGGGCCGAAGAGUAAAGGUUCAAAUUAUGCACGCCAUCCAUGGAACCUCAAAGUGCUAACCAAUAAUCCAGGCUCGGUUUUACGUUCUCUAGGACCUGUAAUGGGUGUUACCGUGCCAACACUACAUGUGGGCAUGUUAUUCUCUGCCUGUUGCUGGUAUCGUGAUCCGCAUGGACUCUCCUGGAUUGAAUACUUACAUACAGGUGCCUCAAAAUUAUGGUACGGCAUUCCAGAUGAUCAGAGCGCCAACUUUCGUGCGGCACUUACUUCACUCAUUCCCACACAUUGUCAGAAUAAAACUAUUUGGCUGCCUUGUGACACGGUCAUGGUGCCACCGCAUAUGCUCACCGAUCGCGGUGUGUCGCUCUGUCGCAUUGAACAGAAGCCUGGGGAAUUUAUUGUCGUAUUUCCACGUGCCUACACCUCCAGCUUGGCUACUGGCUAUGUGGUUUCCGAAAGUGUGUACUUUGCUACUACUUCGUGGCUGGAUUUGGCUAAGGAUGACUUUAGGGACAUUCAUGAUAGUUGCGAGCCUGCUAUGUUCUCCUUGGAACAACUACUAUUUGCCUUGGGCUAUGAUCAGCGAGUGACGUCGGACACCUUGCAACAAAUGUUGCCUAUGCUGCAAGAGGUCUAUGAGAAAGAGUUGGCCGCGCGUGAGCAACUUAAGGCUGCAGGCGUUACAUCUACGGAGAAAGUGCCCAACGAAAAGGGUGCUAAAGCGAAAAAGCAACAACCACCACACAAAUCUAUCGAAAGUGAGUGUGAUUUAUGUCGUGCUAAUUUAUAUAUCUCAAUGGUUAAAACAGAAGAAGGCAAUGUCUAUUGCUUGCAACACGCGCUGAAGAAUCUGAACAACGGCAAUAUACAGGCGAAACAAUGCAAGCUCAUUUACGCAUAUAAUGUGGAAGAUAUUGAAUGUCUAAUAAAAAAUCUCAAAGAUAAGAUUCAACAGAAGCGGCAUGCUGUUGCGGGGAAGAAGUCCAAGUAGUAUCGUGUGCGCCGGAAGCGAAAACUCUGUAAAUAAAUGCAAUAUAUGUGAAGGUGACGGCGAUGCAGACGAGAUACAUGAAUACUUUCCACUCAACCGGGAUGUAUACUAUUUCACACAUGCAUAUACCUUUACUUAUAUAAAACUGGAUUUUUUUCUUUUUCUUUUUUUUUUUUUUUGACUAAUUGUCCGAGGCAAAAUUGAUUUCGAAUGGUACAUUGCAAUUUUGUAUGUUUUAGAAGUAGACGCAUACACAAACACACGCUAUACACUUUACACAUAAGUACGCGCUUUGAUAGUAUGUACUAGUAGUAUGUAUAUUUUUGUGUCGAAAUGGUUUUUAAAACCAUGCAAUUAUUUUCAAUAUAAUGUAUGUAUGUGGAU